CCCAAGCAUGGACAGGAACGGAGAAGUGGAAUUUAAAGACGGUGUGCUUCUGGGUAACGCGAGGCUCUGAAUGCCAAAGCUUCUGGAUGAUACUAGUUGGGUAACUGGCUACUGGGAUUGCGAAAUCUUCCUCUGUGCUUCGGGAAUUCCCACGCGGGGGCCGCUACCAAUCUCGGUUCUGUUUUCCCUCCCAGCGCCCUCGGCGGACUCGAGCCGCCUCGGGUGGGCCGCAACCUCAGUCGAGGUCACCUGAAGCAGCCCGGGGCCAAAGGCGGCCGCGACGGCGCGCGGCCCCACGGCCUCUCCUCCGCUGCGCGGCGGUGUGCUCAGCGACAGAAGGUUCCCGCACCCGGGGAGGACGCGCGCCCGCCGCGCGCACGUUUCCUUUCGCUCCCGGCCUCGGCACAGGCGCGUCGCAUCCGGAGGCCGCCAGGAGACGCGGCCCGGGGCGGCUCCGCCAUCUCCCGGGUACGUCGGGCCUUUCUUGCCGCGCCCGAGAGCGCGCUCUGCUGGCGUCCUCGCUCCGCAGCCCUCAGCCGGGGUGCGCCGGGGAUCCCUGCUUCCCUCUCGGUUGCACACGGGGCGCUAGGACGCCGACGCUCCCGCGGCCCCAGCCUGCGCGCCACCCUCCACUCCGAGCCCUGACGACGAGGGUCAGGACACAAAAAUUACUACAAAGAAACAGAACAGAAAAUUUAAGAACAUCUGCUUAUCAGAAGAUUCCACCAAGCAAGAAGAAAAGCAGCAGAGUGGAAGAAGAUACAGGCAUACUUUGUUUUAUUGCACUUGGCUUUGUUGCACUUUGUAGAUAGUGUGUUUUUUACAAAUGUGUCUUGUAACCCUGCAUUGAGCAAGUCUGUCGCUGCCAUUUUUCCAACAGCAUUUGCUCACUUUGUGUCUCUGUGGUACAUUUUGGUAAUUCUGGCAAUAUUAUAUUCAAUAUUGUUAUUAUAUUCAUUAUGUUGAUCUGUGCUCAGUGAUUAUGACUCACUGAAAUCUCAGAUGAUGGCUAGCAUUCUUCAACAAUGAGCAUUUAAAAAUUUGUUACUAUUUUUUUAUGCUUAUUUAUUUUUGAGAGAGAGAGAAACACAAACACAGUGCAAGUGGGGGAGGGCAGAGAGAGAGAGAGGGAGACACAGAAUCCGAAGCAGGCUCCAGGCUCUGAACUGUCAGCAUAGAGCCCUACGCAGGGUUCGAACACACGAACUGUGAGAUCAUGACCUGAGCCAAAGUCGAACACUUAAUUGACUGAGCCACCCUGGUGCCCCUAGCAAUAAGCAUUUUUAAAUGAGGUUGAAUUACUGGACUGGACAAUGUCACAUGUUUUGUGGACAGUAUGGGUCUUGGGGGCUGUAACCAGCCUCUCCAAGGAAGUGGCCCCUCAUCAGACUUCUCUGUCCUGUGACUCCACGGGCAUCUGCGAGGGCCACUCCAGAUCUUUAAACUCCAUCCCUUCAGGACUCACGGCGGCUGUGAGAAGCCUUGACCUCUCCAACAAUGAGAUCACCUACAUUGGCAACAGUGACCUGCAGGGCUGUGUGAACCUCAGGGCUCUGAGGCUGGAGUCUAAUGAAAUUAACACGAUAGAGGAAGAUUCUUUUUUUUCCCUGGGGAGUCUCGAACAUUUGGACUUAUCCUAUAAUCACAUAUCUAAUUUAUCAUCCUCGUGGUUCAGGCCCCUUUCUUCCUUGAAGUUCUUAAACUUGCUGGGAAAUCCUUACAAAUCACUUGGGCAAACACCUCUUUUUUCUCAGCUCACAACUUUGCGAAUUCUGAAAGUGGGAAAUAUUUACAGUUUCACUGCGAUUCAGGAAAAGGAUUUUGCUGGGCUGACUUUUCUUGAGGAACUUGAGAUUGAUGCUUCAAAUCUCCAGAAGUAUGAGCCAGAGAGUUUGAAGUCCAUUCAGAACAUCAGCCAUCUGGCCCUUCGUAUGAAACAGCCUGAUUUGCUGCUGGCGAUUUUUGUAGAUCUUUUAAGUUCUGUGGAACAUUUGGAACUGAGAGAUACUCAUUUGAACACUUUACAUUUUUCAAAAGCAUCCAUCAAUGAAACAAAUACGUCGAUUAAAAAGUGGACGUUUAGAAACGUGAAAAUCACUGAUGGAAGUUUUAGCGAACUUGUAAAACUGUUGAAUUACGUUUCUGGAGUGUUAGAAGUAGAGUUUGAGGACUGUACUCUCCAUGGGCUUGGCGACUUUGACGUAUCUGACAUGGGCAAAAUUGGAAGUGUAGGUGGGAUAGAGACAUUAACAGUACGGAGGUUGGUCAUUCCAUACUUCUACUCGUUUCGUGAUCUGAGUAGUGUGUAUUCACUUACAGAAAGAGUUAAAAGGGUCACAGUAGAAAGCAGUAAGGUGUUUCUGGUUCCUUGUUUACUUUCACAACAUUUAAAAUCAUUAGAAUAUUUGGAUCUCAGUGACAAUUUAAUGGUUGAAGAAUACUUGAGAAAUGCAGCCUGUGAGCAUGCCUGGCCCCUCCUACAAACCUUAAUUUUAAGGCAAAAUCGUUUGAAAUCAUUAGAAAAAACCGGAGAAACUUUGCUUACUCUGAAAAACUUGAUUAACCUUGAUAUUAGUAAGAACAGUUAUCUUUCUAUGCCUGAAACUUGUCAGUGGCCAGAAAAGUUGAAAUAUUUGAACUUAUCCAACACCAGAAUAUACAGCUUAACCCGAUGCAUCCCCUGGACACUGGAAAUUUUAGAUAUUAGCAAUAACAAUCUCGAUUCAUUUUCUCUGACUUUGCCACAACUCAAAGAACUUUAUAUUUCCAGAAAUAAGUUGAAGACUCUACCAGAUGCCUCCUUCUUACCCACGUUACAGGUCAUGAGAAUCAGCAGAAAUGCAAUAAACACUUUCUCUAAGGAGCAACUUGAUUCUUUUCAAAGACUGACGACUUUGGAAGCUGGUGGCAACAAUUUCAUUUGCUCCUGUGAAUUCCUGUCUUUCACGCGGGAGCAGCAAGCACUGGCCCAGAUCCUGACCGACUGGCCACACAAUUACCUGUGUGACUCUCCAUUCUAUGUGCGGGGCCAGCGGGUUCAGGACACCCAUCUCCCAGCUUCUGAAUGCCACAGGGCAGCUCUGGUGUCUGUCGUGUGCUGUGUCCUUUUCUUGUUGAUCCUGCUCACGGGGGUUCUGUGCCACCGUUUCCACGGGCUGUGGUACCUGAAAAUGAUGUGGGCUUGGCUCCAGGCCAAAAGGAAGCCCAGGAAAGCUCCCCAGCGGGACCUCUGUUAUGACGCCUUUGUGUCUUACAGCGAGCGGGAUUCCCACUGGGUGGAGAACCUUAUGGUCCAGGAGCUGGAGCACUUCGACCCUCCCUUCAAGUUGUGUCUUCACAAGCGGGACUUCAUUCCCGGCAAAUGGAUUAUCGACAACAUCAUCGACUCCAUCGAGAAGAGCCACAAAACCAUCUUUGUGCUUUCUGAAAACUUUGUGAAGAGUGAGUGGUGCAAGUACGAGCUGGACUUCUCCCACUUCCGUCUGUUUGAUGAGAACAACGAUGCUGUCAUUCUCAUUCUUCUGGAGCCCAUUGAGAAAAAGGCCAUCCCCCAGCGUUUCUGUAAGCUGCGGAAGAUAAUGAACACCAAGACCUACCUGGAGUGGCCCACAGACGAAACUCAGCUGGAGGGGUUUUGGUUAAACUUGAGAACUGCAAUAAAGUCCUAGGUUCCUUCAUUAAAGGCCAGUCUUGGUCUGGUGGUGGUCUUUAUAUCACUAGUUGUAGCUGAGUCCAUUCUGACAGUUAUAGGUGGACCACAUAAAUGCACUGUCAUUUGAAGGCUUGCUUACUAAAACCACUAAAACUGUUCAUAUUUUGUCUAGAGUGCUGGUUGUUUUAAAUGUUUUAUUAUUAUUUGGGGGGGGGGGGUGGGGAGGGCUGGGAGAGAGGGAGAGAGGAUCCCAAGCAGGCUCUGUCAGCACAGAGCCCAAUGUGGGGCUCAAACUCACGAACUGUGAGAUCAUGACCUGAGCUGAAAUCAAGACUCGGACGCUUAACUGACUGAGCUGCCCAGGUGCCUCUAGAGUGCUGUUUUAUAAAAACUACCAGAUUAAAAAUUAAAUGCUCUUGGCUUUUUAUUAAUCCUA